CUUGCGCUCAGGCAACACCCUCAGUUGCCUCUCGCCGGGAGAGCAGUGGGCACCAUCGGGCGCAGCCUCUGAAGCCGGCCGGAGACACCAUUCCCCGGCGCAAGAGCGGCUGACAGACACUGAGGGGGCUGGAAAAGACCGAGUGACCCGACGAGGACCCUCUAUAUCCCAACCAGGUCCUCCUCUCCGUUCUUCCUCAGCCGAGCCCAGGGAGCCAAAAAGCGCGGGAGACUUUUCGCGCGUGGAAGGGAAAGUGUGGGGCGAGAGCGCCUCGUAUUCCACCGUCAUGGACCCCAAGGAUAGGAAGAAAAUCCAGUUCUCGGUGCCUGCGCCCCCCAGCCAGCUGGACCCGAGACAAGUGGAAAUGAUCCGUCGACGAAGACCAACACCAGCCUUGCUGUUCCAGUUGUCAGAAACUUCAUCCCCUGAAGAGGAAGGAUCACCAUACCAGAGAGCCUUGGGCGAAGGCUACCACCUUAAAAAUAAAAGGAACUCCCCUUGUGUCUACACACCUCCUUCUCUUAAAGCUGUGCAGCGCCUAGCACAAAGCCAUUUGGAAUCCAACUGGAUGAAUGAAGACUAUGCUGAGGAUGUUGAGGAGGAAGAGGAAGAAGAGGAGGAGGCAGAGGAAGAAGAAGAAGAAGCUCAGGAUUCAGAUGACACCGUGAGGGAAAUGCCUGGGCUGUUUUCCCAAGGACAGAAACAGCUGGGCUCAGUUUCCAAGUCACCUUUGCUAAGGCAGUGCACUGUCUUGGAAAAUAAGCCCAAAGAAUCAGCUCUCUCCAAAUCACAGAAACGGAAAGGUGGGCAGAAAGUAUCCUUUGCUGGAUCUGUAGAGGAGGUCCCCAAUGAAUCAGAAGAAGCAGAAGGAGCUGAAGGAGGAGAAGGCCAAGAAGAGCAGCAGAACCAAGAAAGAGCAGUGGAGGUGGAACAGGGAGACCCACCGCUAACAGAUCAUGUUAUGGAAAUGAGUCAUUCCAGUUGGGAAGAGAGACCUCCCCGCGCUGUUAACCUGGAAAACCGUUCCUCCCCACCCCCAAUCCGCACUACCACCUAGCACAGAGAGGCAAACAAUAGAUUUGGGAGCUGUCCUACUGAUGGAGAACGCUCAUUUUUCACCAAAAGAAACUGGAUUAUUUCUUUAACAACUAUUUGAUCUUUUAUCCUCUUUUCUGUUCCAAAUUUGUCUUCCCUUUGGCAGUGUUUGGUUUGUGUUCAGUGAAUUAUUUAGUAUAGAGAAAUGGAGUGGGGAAAAUGAAAGGAAAAUUGUCGGGCAUUGAAUCUAGGAAUGAAAUCUCCACGUUCAGAGGUAGGCUAUCUCUAAUGGUUGGAGACAAGUGAUAAGCAGUAGCUGUCUCUAUUGUGCCUUGGUUGUGAAAUGGUCAGGAGUGAGGGCAUUAGGUCAUUGUAUGUGGUUUAUGGGCUAGAAUAGGAAUGGUAACAUGCGGCUAUUGUGUCCCUGCCAUUGAUUUUGCCAUUGACAUUUGGCAGCAUGGUACCAUUGGUGAAAAAAACACUUUUUAAACUUAAGAUUUGAGCUGUAAAGCAGUAGCAGCAAAAGCCAAAAUUUUAUUUUAAAACAUGAUGCGUAGAGACUGUACACCUUAUUUUUAAGACAAAUUGUACCCCUAUAAGUAUGAUGUUGCUUAAAAAUAAGAUGCACACUACCAACAUACCUUUGUCUUAAAGGGGAAAGUGCCAUUUUGGUUUUUUUGUUUGUUGCUGCUGCUGUUGGGUUGCUAGAUUUUUGUAC